GAUGUGCGAAUUGAUUUAUGCGUUAAACCUUCAGACGAUAAGGUUCUGUGCAGUCCUCUAGUGUCCCUAGGAAAGUGUUUUAUAGUUAUUUUCUUUGCUUUGAAAGUUGACAGUGUUAAAGUUACAAAAAUGAAGAUCAAUCUGUUUUCGGUAACGCUCUUUUUCAUGACUCUUGCUGUAGUCAAGGGUCAUAGAUUUUCCAAAUUUAAUAAGCCCGAACCAAUUGACUUGACCCGUAAACCUCAAAUUACCACACCUAAACUCCCGGAAGAACGACGGAAAUUAGAUAUUUUCCCUAAAAGUUUGGUAAAAUUUGUUGUUACUUCACCGCCAUACUCUAAAGUACGAACUUAUUCCCCAUACCCAAUUACAACCAGAAAACCAGCUAUGCUGAACUUAAUUUCUCAAAAUAUGAGAAAUAUUCAAACUACGAGGGCUCCAUUAUCAUAUACAACAAUAGCUGCAACAACACAGUUUGUUCCUAGACGCCAGUUUAUAUCAAAAUACCAAUUUACUACAAGAUCUCCUGUUGAGCAGAUACCUAAAGAUACCUAUUUGUAUGACACUGAAGAAGAAGAUUACAUAGAAGCGCCCAGUACCAAUGAUAAUGUAGUGUAUAAUAGUGAAAACAUUUUAAAUAGUUUUGAUGAAAAUGAAUAUGAAGAUGAGGAAGCUAAUGCUACCAAAACACUUAAUUUUUAUCCUCCAGUCAAUAAAAGUCAGAACACUAUUAAAGAAAUUGAUUUUCUGAGUAAGACUGAUAAUAAAGUGGUAAAUAUAAAUGAUAAAACAGACUUAUUAGCAGUUGAAUCUAAUGAUAGUAAUAAGGUAAACAUAAACGAAACAAUAAAAUCGGAACGAAAUGACGACGAAAAAGUAGAAUCAAGUAUUGAACAACCUGAAAACAAAGAAGAAGAAGGAAAAGUUGAAAGCAAAGAACCUGAAAAUGAAGCAUCAGAACCUCCUCCAACAGCUAUCGAAAAAUAUGAAACUAAAGAUCUUGGGGGUUCACAGUUGGAUAGUAAGGAAAUUGAGAAUACUAGAAAGAAGCGGUUAACAAGCAUGAUACGAGGUGUCAUCUACAACGUGAUUGAAGACGAUAACAAGCCAAUUAAAGAGGAAAUUGAGUCGGUCAGUGAAAAGGAAGAUCGAGAUGAGUUUAUAUUUAUUAGGGACUACUUAAAGGCACCAAUUGAUAUAAAAAAGGCUGUCAAUAACAUUCCAGCUGUAACUGAUGAGUAUGUAGAAAUCGCAACUGAAAUUGCCUCGCUCGAAGAGUAUAGUAGACCAGAAAGAAGUGUAAAUAUUAUUGAAGAGGAAAAUAUGGGAACCACGGUCUCCGGCUUCAAGUUUACAGGACGAGAGCCCCGAGUUAACAGCGAUUUAGUUUUCAAGAACAUCAACGCAUAGUUUAAUAAUUCGUUAUUUAUUUUGGAUUCUUUUCAUGAGUUCGUAGUCGAGUUAUCCAUAUUUUUGUGUGUUAUAAUUCGUUCAGUUAACACUCGUAAUAUUUAAUCUUCAUAACGUCUUCAAAUUUAAAAUAACUAAUUGAUUUGAUGGGAUCGACGAUAUGCUGAUUAGUUUCAUUUUAAUACCAAAUAGGAGUGUAAACUAUAGUUUCCAUAUUAAUUUCUAACAUCCCACUGCUGCGAUAUUAUAAAUGCAUGUGUGAUGUUCACCGAGUUUUCAGAUAUUCCCACGAUUGGUUUUAGGUGAACGCACAGUUGUUUGCACCGAGCGUGCCGAAAGUAUUUCAAUUUUUCAGAUGAUACGCGUUUAUAUAAUUUAGUGUCCGUCUAUUCAUAAAAUUAAAACUGUUAUAAAGAGCCAUAAACUUUUAUGACUGCGGCGCGUGCGACUGCGGUGCGGGAAGUUGUGCAGUCACCUUUUUAUAUACGGUUAGGAGACCUUACAUACCGUAUUUUCUUCUGUAAAGUGUAGAUAUUAUGUAUUUAUUUUAAGUUAUUUCUUAUAGUGAUUAAGUAUUAGUAAAUUAUUAGUUAUUUAUGUUAUAGUAAUAAGAAUAAAACAUGAAAAUAU